AUGGCAGACAAUUUCGUUUCUAGUUCCAGCGACGAAUCUGACGUAGAAUGUUCAUCUAAUGGUGAUGAGGAGAGUUACAAAGCUAUAAAUGAUGUUUUAGGUUACCAAUUUGAGCCCAAACGAACGCCAACGCAGCGUACUGAAGCGGUCAUUGAGGAGAGCAGUAACACUGAUGAAACAUCGGCAGCAGAUCGUGUGGGAAACACCGAAUGGUGCACAUGUUCCAACUGUGUGGCCAUGGACACUCAGAUCGAGAGUCGCUGCUGCAUGGAGAGACCUCAGAUCCUCACAAAGAUGGAGGAGUAUCGGGACCAGACAGAUUCAGCAUUGUCCUGCAUGACGGAGCACCCUGGAUUUACUGCUAACUGUCUGAACCCGUGGGUACUUGAGGUGGCGUACCUGCAGUACAGACAACAGGACGAGGAAACACUGGAACUUGCACAAAAUGAGAUAUACAGACACACAGCUUAUCGGCAGCUGGUCAGAUGGUGUUGGGGAAUCGUUGGACGUAAUAACAGAGUGACGUUACCUUCAUGCUGUGUGAGCAAAAUAAGAAACACCUUCCCAAAUGCAGAGGGAGUGUACACAGGCUUUAGGUUGCCAGUUUUGUGAAAUCACAUUUUGUAAAUUGUACAAGAAAAACUACAUGUAUAUUAGAAAUUACAAUGUGAAGA